AUGCUGGACCGUGCCUUUGUCUGUACACAAUGCACUGUGCAGCUGGCCCGGCGCUCCCUCUGGUCCAAAGUGGUACCCUUCUCCGCUCGGCGGCUAAGCAGCAAUGCCACCGCAAACCGACCUGCCCGCGUCGCCAUUGUGGGAUCUGGUCCGGCCGGCUUCUAUGCGGCUGCACGUCUUUUGAGUAAACAUGCCGAAGCGACGGUCGACAUGUACGAAAAGCUUCCGGUGCCCUUUGGCUUAGCACGAUACGGCGUGGCUCCGGACCAUCCCGAGGUCAAGAACUGCGAAGACAAAUUCACCGAGGUUGCCACCUCUCCACGCUUCAACUUCGUCGGUAACAUUAAGCUCGGCAACGACCUCCCUCUAUCCGCCCUCAAACCACACUACGACGUUAUCCUCUUCGCAUACGGCGCGUCAAAGGAUAAAGAGCUAGGUAUUCCUGGGGAGAAGGCCACCCGCAGUGUUCACUCUGCCCGGGCCUUUGUCGGGUGGUACAAUGGCUUGCCCGAGCACCGGGAUCUUGACCCCGAUUUGACCGGGGAAGAAGCCGUGGUGAUCGGACAGGGCAAUGUUGCGCUCGAUGUUGCCCGGAUCCUGCUUUCCGAUGUUGAAGCUCUCCGGUCUACCGAUAUCGCCGACUAUGCUUUGGAGAAGCUUUCCAAGAGUACAAUCAAGCGAGUACGGGUGGUUGGCCGUCGAGGGCCACUACAGGCAUCUUUCACGAUCAAAGAAGUCCGUGAACUCCUCCAACUCCCAUCCGUCUCCUUCGAUCCGAUCGCGAAAGAUGUCUUCCCACCCGAAUCAGUCAUCAACGCCCUCCCCCGCGCACAGAAACGCCUAAUGCAACUACUAGCCAAAGGUUCCGCGAAUGAUCCCAAAACAUCCCCCAAAUCCUGGUCCCUUGACUUCCUUCUCUCUCCCGACUCCCUCCACUGGUCGCCCAUUCACCCCUACCACCUCACCCAUGCCAAAUUCUCCCGCAAUGAGCUCGACCCCUCAGACCCGUAUAAUCCAACCUCCAAGGUAACGCCGAAAUACCUCUCCAGCGGGAAACCCGCCAUGGUCAAUCUUCCCGCCAGCGUCUUCUUCCGUAGCGUCGGCUACAAGUCUCUCCCCCUCCCGGGCCUGGAAGAUCUAGGCAUCCAAUUCGAUACCCAGCGCGGCGUGAUCGCCAACGACGGAUUCGGCCGCGUAAAGAGCCUCUCGGGGUCCGGGGAACCGCAAAAAUUACCGGAUGGCUCUAUUAUUACCCACUUACCUGGUCUGUACUGUGCGGGUUGGGUCAAGCGUGGGCCUACGGGCGUGAUCGCAUCGACUAUGACGGAUGCCUUCACGACGGCGGAUACCAUAAUGCAAGACCUGGCUAGUCAUGCUUCUUCUCCAGGUUCCCUCCUGCAUGCACCUCGGGAUAGUACUGGUCUCGGCUGGGACGGGGUCAAAGAUGAGGCCGAGCGCCGCGGUCUGCGCCCCACGUCUUGGAAGGAUUGGCAGCGCAUUGAUGCAGUGGAGCGCGAGCGCGGUUUACAAAAGGGUAAAGUUCGGGAUAAAUUUGGGAGGGUCGAAGAUAUGCUGCAAGUACUUUGA